AUGGCUGUUGAUGGCGCCGAUGUGGCUGGAGAUGGUACAGUUCAUUUCAGAGGCAUGGAACGCGUUAGCGUAUCCCACGUCAUCUCGGAGAAGUUCAUGGGCGAGACCCUGUCUCUAACCGUCCUGAGGAACGAGAAAGUGCAGAAUGUCUUGAUCUUGGCAUCAGACCUGACCAGCGGCUACAGCGUGCGUAACUGCCUACUCUCCACUGUAGACGGCGUGAAGGUGACGAACCUUCGUCACUUGGCGCAGCUCUUGGGGAUCAAGACGCUACGGCACCAGCUGGGGCAUAAUGAGCAGCAGCAGCAGCCGGACCAGAAGAUCUUGGCAUCAGACCUGACCAGCGGCUACAGCGUGCGUAACUGCCUACUCUCCACUGUAGACGGCGUGAAGGUGACGAACCUUCGUCACUUGGCGCAGCUCUUGGGGAUCAAGACGCUACGGCACCAGCUGGGGCAUAAUGAGCAGCGGCAGCAGCCGGACCAGAAGGUGAAGCAUCCAAAUGAAUUUGUUACGUUUGUGCUGGAGGAGAAACUGCAAGUGGUGCUGCACAGAGGCAAGGCCGAAGCGAUGCUUCCCGGAAUUUUGAAACAGCACGCUAUUCAUAGGCAGACAAGCGACAACCUGUGA